GUUCAUCAUAUAACCAACCAGCUUCCAGCCUGCCUCAGUUGUUCCUAACAGAGCAGUUAGUCUUUUUUGCUCAAGUUUCAGCCAGGACCUUUACACUGGAUUUUGAAAUUGGCUGUAGAAGCUGCCUACUAGAUCAGUACAAAGAGCAGAAAAUAAUCCCAAGAGUGAAUAGAGCGGCUUCAUAGACUCACUCUGCAUUCUGCCUAAACUUCAAGGGAUCUUAUUUUUAAAUAAGCAGGCUCUUCUCACGGCAAGUCCUACUGAGAAGUGGGAAUGGCAAAGGCAGUGGUCCUGUUUCUCCGUGUUUGCGUGCAGCUGCUUGCCCUGCCUAUAUACCUGCUAUCAUUCCUGGGCAUAUGGGACCCAUUCUGUAAGAAGAUAUUCUUUCCCUUCUUCAUGGAGAAGUUAACUGCAAGUUACAACCGGAGGGUGUCAGGGCACAAACAAGAGCUGUUCUGCAACCUGCAGGAGUUUGCAGGCCCCUCGGGGGAACUGACUUUGCUGGAGAUUGGGACUGGCACUGGCGCCAACUUCCAAUUCUACCCACCUGGCUGCAAAAUUACCUGCACUGACAUAACCCUCAACUUCCAGCACGGUCUCUCCAAGAGCAUGGCACAGAAUCAGCACCUCCAGUUUCAGCCCUUCCUAGUGAUCCCAGGGGAGGACUUGAACCAAGUGGCUGACAGCUCUGUGGAUGCAGUGGUUUGCACCUUGGUCCUGUGCUCAGUGCAAAGCAUAGAGAAUGUCUUGAAAGAAGUUUUGAGAGUACUCAGAGCCGGUGGGGCAUUUUAUUUCUUAGAACAUGUAGCUGCAGAUCCUACAAGCUGGAGCUAUUUUUGGCAGCAAGUCUACUAUCCAACUUGGAAACUUGUGUUUGAUGGAUGCUACCUCACAAGAGAGAUCUGGAAAAACCUUGAACAGGCCACGUUUUCAGAAAUAAAGUUACGGCACAUACAAGUCCCAUUAUACUGGUCUCCAGUUCAGUCUCAUAUCAUCGGAUAUGCUAUAAAAUAAUUCUCACCGUGCUGUGACCUAUGCACUUUCUUAUGUUUGCUUCUGUACAAAUCAUCUACAGUAACUCCUCACUUAACGUUGUGUUGUUCGUUGCUGAUCAAUUAGAGAACAUGCUCAUUUAAAGUUGCACAAUGCUCCCUUAUAACGUUGUUUGGCAGCCACCUGCUUUGUUCACUGCUUGCAGAAAGAGCAGCCUGUUGGAGCUACCUGUUGGGGGCUUGAAACCAGGGUGGACCCGCACCCCCCCUUCAGCUCCCCUAAGUACCCUGUGCAGCAGCCGCCCAGCAGGCCAUCAAUUGCCAGGUAGUUCAGCUGUCUCUCCCCCCCACUGCCCUAUGCUGCUCCUGCCCCUCUGCCUUGGAGCCUCCUGCUUGCUGUGCAGGGGCAGGGGAGAGAAGAAGAGGGGUACUAAUGUCAGGGUGUCCCCCUCUCCCCACUCCGGUACCCUAUCUCCACAGAGCAUGGGGGGGGGCACCACAGGACUCUGGAUGGAGGGAGCUUGCUGGCAGCAGCAGCUGCUGUCUGAACUUGCUGAUCUACUUAAAAAGACAGUGUAUUUAGAGUGGGGUCAGCAUAUUUAAAGGGGCAAUGCAAGUCUCUCUCUCUCUCUGCCAUGCUGUGUCUCCUCCCUCCAUUCGUGCUGCCUUGUAGAGUGUGAGGCUACAUUAACAACUUGUUAACCCUUGAGGGAUCAGCCAAGUGCUAGUUCAUCAUUUAGCAGUAAGGCAUUCCCUGGGAAAUAGCCCACCUUCUGACUCCAUCACCUCAACCAAGCUUCACAAUCAUCAUUGCUGGGUACAGUAUUAAAUUGUUUGUGUAAAACUUAUACUGUGUAUAUAUAUAUAUAUAAAAUAUAGUCUUUUGUCUGGCGAAAAUAAUUUCCCUGGAACCUAACCAUCCUCCCCUGAUUUACAUUAAUUCUUAUGUGGAAAUUGGAUUCGCUUAGCAUCGUUUCACUUGAAGUAGCAUUUUUCAGGAACAUAACUACAACGUUAAGCGAGGAGUUACUGUAGUUAAUUUACUCACAUGUAAUUAAUGAUCACUCAAGAGCAAGCCAAGAGCAAGACAUACAUUAAUCCUGAGAUCUCAGUACAAGUAAUACUAACAUGACUAUACUUCUGUCAUGUUAAAUUUCUGAUUCAGAAGUCAAUCCCAUGAGGAACAAACCCAGUAUCUAGAUGUCUUUAGACAUAAAUAUUCUAUGGGUAGGCGGUUGUGUGCAGGUAAAUUACUAUAAUUUGGGACAUAUUAAGUUCCAGUUUGAAUGGAAGUUCCAGAAUUCUGCCUGGGCCACGUGUUUCAUACCAUUGUCCCUUCCACUGUGCAUGGCGGACACUAAAAAAAAAAGGAAAAUCCUUCUUCUUAGUUUUAUCAACAAGGACAUUGCGGAAAACAUUGUCUUGGAGAGGCUGUGUCUAUACUAGCCUUUUUUGAGAAGUCUAUCUCACUGGUGCACUGCCCCACUUACAGCAAUAAAGAGGUACAUUAGUGUAGAUAGGGCACUAGCAUUUUUACCACGAUCUGUCUCAUCUAAACCUGUUGAAAGCAAGUCUAAUACAGAGGCAAAAAUACUGGUGAAAACUACUGCUUCCACAGCAGUUAUCGCCAGUGGAACUGCCCUGGUAACACAACAGUGGGAGAUAUCACAUAAACAUCUGGCCAAGAAUACUUAUUCUCUAACUAUUCAGGGAAAUAUCUUCCUAAAUAUGCCGUUUUAUCUUGGCAAGUUCCUUCAGAUAAUCAUUAGUUUAUUUUCACCACCAAACGACAAUUGUGAAACAAGAGUGAAAAUAAAGCUUGUGGUGGGAAUUGCUUUCUAUAAAGUUACAUCUUUAUUUCCACCCUCUAUCUUGCUAGCCCUGCUCCUUUCUCUCCUGCCUUGGUUUUGCACUAAUAGUUUGCUUUUACGCACCAUAGGUUAGUAGGUAGGUAUUUGACCCUAAUAACAUAUAAACUCCAUUCAGCUGCAAAAAUGUAUUGGCUAGAGAAUGCAACGUUCUCUAAUAUUAUCCAUUCCCUGCUCUUUUCGUAACAGUUAUCAAGCUAUUUUAAUACAUCUCAUGUCAUUCAGAUUGCUGAGGUGGUAGUAUAAUCAAUUUAACUAUAACUUUGCUACUGCACUGGAAUGUUGGAAGAUUUUUUAAGCCUGUGCAAAGUCUACCACUUUGUGUGAUAUUUUUAUAUUGUUAAUUACCCAACCAGUCAAAUGAGUCAGAAAUUAUACUGUGAAUCAAUGCUGACAAAACUGAGGUCUAAAGGAUACAAUUUCUCCUUGGGUGAAAUCCUAGCCCUAACAAAGUCAAUGGUGUUUUUUCCACUGACUUCAGUGGGGCCAAGAUUUCACCCCCAUCUGCAGCAAUAGUACCUUUGUAUUAUGAUUGCAGCAGAUCUUAUAGGCAAAACAGGAAGCCUUGCUUAGUAUUUGUAUGGGAGAAUAAUCACUGAAACCCCUACAAAUGGUGCAGGGCUCUGGCAGCAUGUGUCUCACGAUCUUGAUCUCUGUUAAGACUUUUUGCUCUCCUACAAUUACUGAGAACAUUACUGAUAAACACUAAUCUGUAGCUACUCUGCCCAGUUCUUGUGAUGUAUGAAGGACUGAAAUCCUUAUUCCUCUCAGCAGUAGGUAUAUCUUUGCAAAGAAAAAUGUUGGUGUGUUUUGUUCAAAAAAGUUGUGGUCCCGUAGCAAUGUUAUUCUAUGAUAGAACCAUAUUAUUUCUCAAAGGGGAAAAAAGUCACUAGAGUAGUUGAUGGAAACAAUUUCUCGGAGAAAUUAAAUUAAAACAUGGAAUUUUCAAACUGAAAGUGUGUGGUUUUGGUUUGUUACUGGAGAAUUACACCUGUCUCUUCC